ACAAAGAUUAGAUCAAUAGAUAGGGUCCAUCGAUCAUACGGGGAAACGGGACCAUACCACAUGAAUGUGAUAAGAAAAUCACUUUAGAAAUUUGCUGGCAUGGCGAUGGCAGUUGAUAUGAUGAUGAUAAUAUUCUACUCAUUAUAAAUAGAAGAUCCUUUCCACCUUGUUUCUCAAACCUAGCUAGCUAGUAAUUAUUUGUUUUUGCUGCACUUUUUGAUACUAGCUACCGAGUAUAGAAAAUACCAUUCAUACAGAUUCAUAUUCAGGAUGGGUUUCACUGGCGCUAGCGCUCUAGGAUGGGACAAUGGCAUCGUAUUGGCACCAAUGGGAGCCGACAUAUCUGGAUCAAAACUUGUUGCAGCUGUGGCCAAUGCCGGAGGCAUUGGUUUAUUAGCUAGCCCAGUUAAUAUGUAUGAAAUGACUCUGAAAUUGAUCAAGGAUACUAAGAAGCUCACAACUAAGCCUUUUGGAGCUGGCAUUCUGUUGGGAUUCGAGCAAACCAAUACCACCGUCAAGGCCAUUUUUGAGGAAAAGCUUGCAUGCAUGCAAGUUUAUUGGGGAGACUAUACCAAAGAAAUGGUGGAUGAAGCACAUAAAAAUGGAGUCAAGGUCUUGCACCAGUUAGGUUCAGUUGCUGACGCAGAAAAAGCAAUUGCUGCAGGUGUUGAUUGUAUCAUUGCACAAGGUGUGGAAGCUGGAGGACAUGUUAUUGGGAAUGUUAGUGUAAUUGCCUUGGUUCCUAGAAUUGUGGAUUUAGUCGGCGACAGGAAUAUUUCAGUUGUUGCUGCUGGAUCCAUCGCUGACCCUCGUGGAUUUGUCGCUGCCCUAGCGCUUGGAGCUAAAGGUGUUUGUAUGGGAACAAGGUUCAUAGCUACAAAGGAAUCGUAUGCAAAUGACUACUACAAGCAACAAUUGCUUCAUUACACCGAAGCCGAUACGGACUACACUGAUCUAUAUAGCCGUGCCACUUGGACCGCACCGACUCGUGUUCUUAAUACACCUUUCCAUCAAAAAUGGAAACCAGUACCGCAAGACGUCUCGAACAAUGAAGAACAACCAAUCGUUGGUUACUCUAUAAUUCAUGGAGGGGAAACGAUUCUACGUCGGUUUGCCGGACAAGUAGCAAACCAGACCACCGCCGGGGAACUUGAAAACAUGGUCAUGUAUGGAGGACAGGGUGUCGGACUUGUGACUCAAAUCCUUCCUGCUGGUGACAUCAUUAAGAGUUUCAUUGAGGGUGCUCAAAAGAUCAUUAAGGAGCUUGGUGGCAGAUCACAGGUAAAACCGAUUAAAGCCGUCGUCCUUCUUAAAAGCACUGAAGGUGUCACCGGCACCAUCUACUUUACUCAAGAAGGGGAUGGGCCAACCAAUGUAACUGGAAGUAUCUCUGGUCUUAAACCUGGACUUCACGGUUUCCAUAUACAUGCCCUUGGCGACACAACAAAUGGUUGUAUGUCAACUGGACCUCAUUUUAAUCCUGCUGGCAAAGACCAUGGUGCUCCUGAAGAUGAAACCCGUCAUGCUGGUGAUCUUGGAAAUCUCAUCGUUGGGAAAGAUGGGAAAGUUGAGGUGAAGAUUGUCGACAAGCAGAUUCCACUUACUGGACCAAAUUCCAUUAUCGGAAGGGCUGUUGUUGUACAUGCUGACCCUGAUGAUCUUGGAAAGGGUGGGCAUGAACUGAGCAAGACCACUGGUAAUGCUGGUGCAAGAAUCGCUUGUGGUAUUAUCGGUCUUCAGGCUAAUUGAUCUCUUAUCGUCAGAUCUCUUACUACAAGCUAGUACUUGAACAUGAUUUUAUCACAUUGCACCACAGAAAUAUGAGAUGCCGUUUGAACUUUUUCGUGAGAGGGAAUAAAUGAGAAACAUGAAAAGAUCUCAAAUUGUUUUUUUUUUUAUGUUGAAAUAAAGUUGAGACUGUGAACUUGUGUGUUGUUUGUUUUUGUCACCGAAUUUCUGUUGUAUUGCUGCUAUUGCAGUAUAGUUGAUUGACAACGUAAUAAUAUGCUUUCUAAUUCGUCCA